UGGGAAUACUCUUCGGCAUCCCCACGGAAGGAAGAGCUCUCGAAAGGCGAGGAUGUCUCUACGAGACCAAGAUCUGGAGCUGGAGGCAUCCAGAAGACGCUUAGAACUUGUUUUCAGCGACCUUCAUCCUGAUUCACAAGAAGAGCUGCAGGCCGGCUUGAACUUUGGACAGGAGCUGGUCAAGUUACGGAGACGAGUUGAAUCAGCGACAGAUGCACGACUCAAUACAGCAAAAUCCAGGAAAAGCAAGUCGACGGAGAAAGCCAUGUCGCAUAAUUCGGGAACGACACCUCAGCGAGCGGACGCGGCUUACGAAUACCACAACUCCCCAAGCCCCGAAAUGAAACGGCGGAUGGCAGAGUGGCAACGGGAGAGGGAGGCUAUCAGCAGGGAGAUUGAGUUGGCUAACUCGAGCCAAGUCAUUGUUCUUGAUAGCGACUAUCCUGCUCCAACAAGCCCGAAUGGUGACGUGGAGGAUGCCUAUACAUCGUGGAAUGACCAAGAACAGGAGUACGAUGUGGAAAAGACGCCUCGAUCAGAUGCUGUCCCAGAAAUGCGACAACAGCCUGAUUUUCAGGAUGAUUACGAGGAUGAUGCGGAAUUGCGACAACAGCCCGAUUUUCAGGAUGAUUAUGAGGAUGAUGCGGAAUCGCGACAACAGCUCGAUUUCCAGGAUGAUUACGAAGAGGAUGAUGAUGGCUCUGAAGACAUCUGGCAGCAAGAAGCCCAGGACCAUAGCAUGGAGGCUGGCCGCUCCUCUCCUAUGCCCGACGAUGCCGCCAACGACAUGCGUCCCGAACCCGAGUCGAGCCCCCAGCGGGCUGGAUCCACUGCUGACAGCCCUGCGAUGUUUUCGCGCUCCCACUGGGCCCACGAGCGAGAAAAGCUCCCAAACCUGGGUCCGUCCCGGGUGCGACAGCUGCGAGAGCAAGAGGUCGACGUCUCCGCUUUGCUCCGUGUAGAGAACACGCCCAACCGGUCCCGAUAUUAUUACGGGAAAAGCAGUCCCGUUACCUCUACACGCGGGCCAUCUUCCGCCCAGUCUCGCAACACAGCAACGCCUCAUUGGGCCCGAGACGAAGUGGACGACUAUCUGCCUGAGCAAAACCAGUCCGACGGAUACUUCGUGUCUAGCCCGCAUAGAAGCUCGGACGACGAGGCGUUUCAGAUCGACCCGACUACCCGACACGAGCAAAGCCUACAGUACGCCAAUCUGCAAGGCGACGAAGACGGAAACAGCAGUAUUUCAGGUGCCGCGGUAUCCGAGGGACGAUCGCCCCACGAGACGUCCAACGUGCAUUCUACGCCAUCGCGUCCAAUCGAACGCGAUAACCAGGCAUCUACAUGGUUCCAAAAGAUCAGUAGUCUCACACCAGGAUGGUUGAAAGCUCCUGUGCGGAAAUCAUUUGCACAUCCCGAGUCUCCUCUCGCUAGAGAAGUCCCUAUUGAAGAGGAAGAGGAAGAGGAUGAGGUGUCUGAAGCUAAUCCACCUUCUCACGACGAGAUAGAUGAUGAAGAGGUGGAUGAUGAAGAGGAGAUAGAGCCAGUAGACACACCGAAACCCAUUCCGCAAACCACACGAUCACCCCCCUCGCGGCGAAGCCUUUCUCACAAGCGCUCCAGCCAGGUCAUUGAAGAGCCACAACCUAUCGCAUCCAGAGAAACAACACUGAAACCCACCCGGCCAACCACACGAUCGCCCCCCUCGCGGCAAAGCCUAUCCCGAAGACGCUCUAGCCAGGUCAUCGAAGAGCCACAACCCGUCACAACCAAAGAAAUAAGCGGCGAAGCCUACGAACGGCAGCUUCCACUAUCCGUCUCGGGCUACUUCUCCAACGACCACUACAAUUUCCUUCGGCGCCUCUACCGCCUAGCAAAACAGCACCCAGAGCGAUUCCCUUACUUCUCCGCGCCCGGACGCCCGGACAUCAUAGGCGACUGGAUCUGGACGUCGAGCGGGGCGCACGGAGUGCCCGUCACGGAGCGCCAGUUUGCUGUCAUCGACCGGUUUGUGCAGGAGCUGGCCAAGGCUGACCUGCAGGCUGGGGGGACAGGUCAGAUUGGGUGGAGCGAAGCUGAGUUGCAUAGACGACUGAUUAGUGUUAUUAUUGGGGAACAAAUUAGGGGAGAUACCACGAUUGGUAUUUAGAGUUUGGGAUUUUGUUUUUGAGCGUGCAUAUCACUGGUUCAUGGGAGUUGAACUUGACUUAACUUGGCUUGUUGUAUGUACCUACAUGUUUUGCCUUACAUUUUGCUAGCUGGAUAAGGGAGCGAGUGAUAUUAGCA